CAGCGUGAUCGUAACUUUAAAACUUUACAUUGUUUUGAAUUGGUUAAUGCUCUUUGUUUUGUCCCCGCAUUUAAAAUUGCAGAUAUUUCUGAAAGAGUACUUGUAUAUUUUAAAUGUGCGAGGGAUUUCAGAUACUUAUAGUGUUUACUUAAAUUGACUUGUACUGACCAUUAAAUACUAUCCCUGGUCAAAACAAUGAAUCUAUCUUUUGCUGGUUGUGGAUUUUUAGGAAUCUAUCAUGUUGGAGUUGCAAGUUGUUUUCGAGAAUAUGCACCUCAUGUUUUAGUUUCUAAAAUUGCUGGAGCAUCGGUGGGUUCAAUCGCCGCUGCAGCGCUCAUCUGUGAUGUAUCAUUAGGUCAAACGACGACAGAUAUUCUAUCUGUCGCUGUCAAGGCUCGUUCUCGCAUGCUCGGUCCUCUGAGCCCGCGUUUUGACCUGAAUUUUAUCGUGAAGGAAAGUCUGGAACGCGGUCUUCCCCCCAACGCACACCUCAUGUGUUCAGGUCGCCUGUUCAUCUCCGUCACUCGGUGGUCGGACAAGAAGAAUGUCCUGCUUUCGCAAUUUAAUUCCAGGGACGAGCUCAUCCAGGCACUCCUAUGCAGUUGCUUUAUUCCAGGCUAUUCUGGACUCACCCUUCCAGUUUUCCAGGGAGUGAAAUAUGUUGAUGGUGGCUUGAGCGACAAUCUGCCAGUCCUAGAUGAAAAUACGGUAACAGUGUCUCCUUUUGCUGGUGAACAUGACAUCUGUCCACAAGAUGAAAGCUGUAAUAUUUUGCAAGUCAAUUUAGUCAACACUAGCAUAGCGGUUUCUCCUGGAAAUAUGUACAGAAUGUAUCGUAUUUUAUUUCCUCCUAAGCCAGAAAUACUUAGUAAAAUGUGUCAGCAAGGGUUUGAUGAUGCAUUAAAGUUCCUUCAACGGAAAAAUCUUAUAGCAUGUACUCGGUGCUUAGGAGUUCAAUCUAGUCUUUGCUUAGCUGAAACUGAACCUGAAAAAAAUGCCAUCAAAAAUGUUAGUGACAUUGAAAUUAUUCCCCAGGAACACAUUUAUGAUGACUGCAUGGACUGUAGAUCCAAGCGUCAAAAUGCUGUUGUUGGAAAUUUACCUGAAGCUGUUGUUAAUGCUAUUCAAGAAGCCUGUGAUCAAGUCAAUAAAGGUGUUGUUAAUUGGUUAUUUAAACAUCGUCCUAUCAAACUCCUCGCCUUAUUAGGAAUGCCUUAUGCCCUGUCAAUAGACAUUACAAUCUUGGUAUUUUGCAAAGUAUGGGAACGUUUGCCUUCAUUACGAAGUGAAAUUGUUCCAAAAUUCCAAGCAGUUAUUACUCUUAUAAAGUAUAUGUUGAACAAGCUUGACACAAAUCGUCACCUCUACAGUGCAAAGUUCUCUUGCCAACUGGCUAUUACAGAGUUCGAUUACACAGAAGACAAUGUUGUAUCAUCAUAUCCAUUUCAAAUUGAAAAUAGGCCCCCGCAUGAAACCUGCAUCAUUAAGACAGAAGAAGAAAGAUCUCCAAAGAGAAAAAUAUCCUUCAAAAACCCAGAAACUCCGGUCAGGACUUUGUCUGUUGCCGAAAAGAGACAACAGCGCAAGUCUUAUGCAGGUUUUACCAGCUUACCCAACCAACCGGUUUUGGAACAGAAGAGGCGCAAAUCAUUCUGCGAAGUCAGCCAACCAGAGAGGGUUAUAAGAAACAUGAAGUUCGGUUUCACUGUAGAUCUUGUCCCGACAGUCGAAAUGAACGACAAGAAAAAGACUGUAGUAGACGCUUUGAAAUCUCUUGGUGAAGAAGAUAAUGAAUUGAAUGUCAUUGAACUGACAAAUAAGGCUCUCAGCAUGGAAAGAGAUUUCCUGAAUCAGCACCAGAAUGAAAUGGACCCUGAACGGUCGGACACUAUCGGGCAGAUACUGAAUGCUUCCAAAAGUGGAGCACUCAUGUCAUACUAUUACGUGGACGACAACAAGACUGUCAAAAUCACCGAACUCUACAAUGUCACAGAUGCAGAUACGAGUAUGGUGUUGUCGGACGAAGAGAGGCAGGUCAACAACGAGCUACAGUGGGAAAAGGAUUGGCUGAAACUAAACGGAUCUAAGCGUUGUAGAAACACAUCCAUAACAGACACAUUUGAUGACGAUGAAUUUGAUAUGAGUGACGGCGAGUACAACAUGACGGAAGACAGUGAUAAAUUUAAUAUUAGUGACAAUCCUAUUACAACGCCUAAAAAUGACGAAUCUUUCUCAUCCAGUAAACCUCGUAGAAAAAGCUCUUUCAUCAUAGUCAAUUAAUGUUCAUACCUCAUUUGUUAAGUAUUCAUUGUUAUCAUUGGCUUCAUGCAUCGUUCAGUGUAUUUAUUAUAGUGCUUAAAAGUAUAUUAUUUAAUAAAUGUUUAUAUACAUCAUAUUAUUAAUGUAUAACAUUAAGUUUUAUUGUUUAUAUAAAUAUUGCCAUACUUUCGCAUCAUUCUGAGGAAUAAUAGUAUUCCCAGAAAAAAUUGCCAUAAUAUUCAAGUACAAAAUACAUUUUUUGCUCAAAAAAUUAGGAUUAUUUAUCAUCAAGCUGCUGAUUUUAUCAAAUUUAAGGCAUUGUUGUUUGAAUGAGCAAUAUAUGCUUUGUCUUUUUUUUUGGAGUAUGGGAACUUCAAGUUUCCAAACGUCUUAAAAUUCCGAUGAUGAUUAUAUUAGCUUGUUGAAUUUUUUUUUUUUUUUAAUCAGCCGCUGCCUACAAUCAAAAUGUUCAUUCAUAUGUUUGUUUCCUUUCAUUUUUACAUUAUUUAUUUACAUGAACCGUGCAACUUGUUGGAAACUCAGAUAUUUAUUAUCUAUUUGUUUGUUUUUUCUUUUGCGUUGAUCAGGGGUGAAACUUUUCCAUGGGUGUGCAUAUGUGCAACUCUCCCUUUGUUCAACAAGAUAUUUUCGUAGAAAAUAUGCAGAAUUUAUGUUCAAGUCAAGGUGGUUUCUAGUACGAAAGCAAGAACACCAGCAAAAAAAUUUCUUUGCACGAAAUUCAUAACCUUCUCAAACAAAAAGUAGCUGCAACAAAACAAUCACCACAUACAGUAAGUGCAAAAUGAAGAUACUCCAUCCGGAUGAUCAUACCAAUUUUCAUAUUUUAAAACCGAGUUUUUUUUUUUCUUGAUGUAGUUGGCUUUAUUUAUUUAUUUUUUUUUUUUUUUUUGGGAUAAUGUACCCUAAUUGGCUCACAAACAUCCAACAUGGCCAUUAAUUGGGACAUUGUUAAUUUUUGAAAGACGCUCCUGAUUCUGAUUACACUCCUGCUUUGUCCCUUUUUCUUCAUCGUGUAGAAUUUUUUCAGGGUUUUUGGGUACAUGUUAGUUUCACUCCCGGUUCAUAAAUUGUUAUGGAGGCAAAUAUUUUUAUUUAUUCAGAUGUGUAUUCUAUUUUAGUUCCUGUAAAGAAUACAUAGAAUGUGAUAAUGUAUAUAAUUUUUGCAUGUUUAAAAUUGAAGAUCAAGUCUGUGUGUAAUAAAACUGUGUUGAAUGCAACUGGUCUCCUGCAGUUGGAUCAUUUUUAUGGAAAAAUAAUUACUCAUUUUGAUAUAUUUAUUUCGGCUCAAUUCAGCUAUCACUUACAUUACCUUUAAGAUCAUACUUUUUAUUUUUUAAACUUAUUUCUGGAAAAAAGAAAAGCCACAUGUGGUAACUUUGUUUUUAAUACCAAAAAUGCCAAAUAAACUGGU